AUGUCAACCGUUCAAGUGGAUUUACCUCCUAGUUCCACUUCAACCACUACCACUACUACCUUUGAACUUCAACCUACUACUUAUACAAAUCCUGAUAAGGAUGAUCAUUUAACUGAAAUUGAUGAUGACGAUGACGAUGAAGAAGACGAACCAGAAGAUUAUACUUCUCAUUCAGUUCAUGCUGAAGGUGUACCAAGAUGUGAAACCAACUUGAUUGCUAGACAUCAUCGAUCUAAUGAAUUCGCUCAAUCGGUGUUUAAAAUGCUUCAAUUUGAAUUAAAAUUACACGGAUGGAACACUUUACCUGAUUCAGCUCAAUCAUCCAUCUCGAUUUAUAAAGUUGGAGGAAGUCUUACCAAUGCCGUCUUUUUUGUUUCUUGUCCUAUCAACUCUGAAUCCAGUGAAUCAAAUUCGAAAGUUAAUGAUCUCAAAGACUCAAAUUCAAGUUCGCCAUACACACCACCACCUACAGUUUUACUUCGAAUCUAUGGUCCAUCAUCUGGUUCACUCAUUUCACGAAAACAUGAACUUCAUUUACUCCAUACUUUAUCAGUUCAAUACAGUAUUGCACCCUUAGUACUUGGAACAUUUCAUAAUGGAAGAGUAGAAGAAUAUUUCGAGUCGAGACCAUUAACGAAGGAAGAAAUCCGAGAUCCAAAAAUAAGUCGAUGGAUAGCAUAUCGAAUGAAAGAAUUACAUUCAGUAGAUCUAAGGAUCAUAUCAAGAAGAGAUGAAGAAAGAUCCUCUAGUACACUUUCGAACCGAUCAAUUUUUCCAAGAUCCCAAAGUUUAAACCGACAAGCCAUUUCACAAAAGUCGAUUCUAAUCUCUUCAGGUCCACCUCAACCAGGUCCAUUAUCUUCUCAACAAACUUCGAUGAGUUGGUCAUCAAGUUAUUCAUCCGGAUCUGAUGUUUCAUCAGUCCAAUUACCCUUCACAGAUCGGUUGGCAAUCUCUUCACCUGGUACUUAUCCUACUGUACUACCAUCUCCUUUAUCAACUUUCUCACGUGACCCUUAUUUCAUACGGAAAAAACAUUCAAAAGAUAGUUCAAGAUCAAGUAGUACGAACAGUUUAAUGAAAUCAGAUAAAAUCAAAGUAGGAGCAUGGGAAAAUAUCAUCAGAUGGCAAAGAGAAGCUGAGAAAGUGGUACAACAAAUUCAUAAAUUCUCACGCGAUCAUCAUCAACUUGAUAUCAUCAACAAUACACCACGUGCUUCAAAGUCUAGGAAUCAUAAAACUGAAUUACCUCUUUCUUCAUUGAAAACACUCGUUGAAUUCGUUGAUGAUUUUGAUUUACCUAGGUUGAUUAGAGAAACAAAAGCUUAUCGGAAUUGGGUUAGAAAAUCAGAAAAACUCAAUGGAAAGAGUUUAAGAGUUUUUAGUCAUAAUGAUACGCAGUGCGGGAAUUUGUUACUGAGACAACUUGAUGAAGUAUCUGUAAAGGAACGUGCACAUGAACAAAUCUUGGUGAUUGAUUUUGAGUACGCAUCUGCAAACCCACGGGCAUUUGAUAUUGCCAAUCAUUUUCAUGAAUGGUGUGCAGAUUAUCAUCAUCCAACUUUAUCAUAUUCAUUAAGUGAACACGGAAACUAUCCGACGGAAACCGAACGCAAAACGUUUUACAAAGCAUACUUAAGUACCGAACGAAUCACACAUUUAAGUCUAGAUGGAAAUUUACCAGAAGACAACCAAGCAGAAGAAGAACGGAUCAAGAAAUUAGAAGAAGAAGUCAAGAUUUGGAGUCCGGCUAGUCAUGUGAUGUGGUCACUCUGGGGUUUAGUACAAGCUCAAGAUGAUAUUAAAGAUAGGAUGGAGAAAUGGAAAUCAGAAGAAGAUGAAGAUCAAAUAGAAGAAGGGAAAGGUUUAAGUGAUUUAGAAUUUGAUUAUUUAUCAUUUUCUUUGGAAAGGAUUGGAAGUUUUAGAAAGAUGUUAUGUGAAUUAGGUGUAGUUGAUGAAGUGGGUGUUGUAGAAAAAGAAGAAUAA